AUGAGGAGCAUUAGCAGUUCGAGCCGCUCCAUGAGCGUCAGCCGGAGCUUCAGCAACGACGUGAAACGGUCAAGCUCACAUUACAGCAAGAAUAGAACAGAAGAGCCGCGGCAGUACGCUCGCAGCUCUACGGAAUCAUCGCCGGAGUUGCGCACGAGGCGCCGCCAAUCGGACUCCCGAGGAUCUUCGUCACGUUCACGUUCGUAUUCUAAACCUAGAAGGCGAUAUGGUCGGGAUAUAAGCGAAUCUAGAUCUAGGUCUAGGUCUAUACAACGGUCCAGGAUACGCUCCCGCAGCCCAGUGCGAUCACGUAGAAAGCGUGUGUCACGCUCUGUAUCGUCGUAUUCGCACAGCUCAUCGUACAGUAGCAGGUCGCGCUCACGUCCGCGCCGCCAGCUUUCGAAAUCGAGAACUCGCCGCGGUAGGGAUCACCGAAAAAGUCGGAGCAUUUCGGUGGAUUCGCGUUCCAAUUACCGCCGCAGGUCGUCGACCAGUACCAGCUACUCACCGCCUCGACGGCGUGGCCGUGACCAGCGUGCCGUUGACUCACGCGACAAUCGAAGAGUUGCUCGAGCUCCCUUGAAACCAUAUCGCAGCCGACUAGACGCGGUGGAUCGCGACAGAACGCGAAUGCGUCAACUGGUGACGCGUGGUAGGGAAGCGCCUAUACGACCAUUGAGGCCUUACGCAAGGAGAGUCGGCCAAAAAACCCGCCAGGAGCUGCAGAAAGUGGCCAGUGUGGACAGGAAGGUCCACAGCCCUUUCCUAUUGCGCAUCUACGCAUUCAUGGAUGAAGCGGCGGGGAAGCCGUGUGACCCCGAUGAAGAUCAUGAAUCUCUCCAGCGACGCAUAGAGUCAUCGGAUUCCAUAGAAAAAUUGGAGCUGUAUAUCUGGGCUGACAAUACUCUACGGGAUUUGGUCAACUUGGUGAAGGACCUAUGUGAGGCCUCAAGGCACAAGGAAGGCACGUGGACCUUCCAUAGAAACAACGCCGCCCGAGAUACAUUGGGCGCAAUUCACUCCUACAAAUUACACCGUUCCACGGAUACUAUCACGCUGCGCAGCGUGGGAUUCCGCGUGGGAGAUUCCCUGCUGCUCUCUUUUAGUGGUGUUGCGCCACCACCAGAGGAAAACACACAGAUGAUUGUCUAG